UCGCGCCGUCGGCACACUGCUGAGGGCGAGGAGGGCGUGUGAGAGAGGGAGGGGGGGAGAACGAGAGAUCGCAGAGCAUAACAAGCAAGCAGAGCAGAGCAGCAUGGCGGGGCUGAGGGACGUCCAACAAGGCAGCCACCGCCACAGGAAAACAUGGAUAAAUCUUCUACUUGGAAUUUUGCACCUUCUUUUACCCUGCGUCCGUCAAGGAAGGGCGCAGUUACAUGCUCUAGCUCAGAUGUCCAGCGUGGUGGAGGUUUGGCAGGCUGAAGAAGCUGACGUCAUUUUCCCGACUCAGUCUGAAGAAGAGCGCCACAGAGAGGGCUUCCCACAAGAAGGAAGCUCCUUCUAUGUGCAGGGGAGUGGGAGGGCCCUGCGCUUUCAGCCGUCUGUUCUGGAGUUCGGAACGCAGCCCCUGGGACUGCCACGAGCUGAAACCAUAUACAUAAAUAACCCCAGCCAAGACCAGCCAGUGAUGCUGCUGUCUAUAUUCACAGCCAGCGAGCACUUUCACGUACCUGCGUUCCACAGAAGGGUGAUCCCACCUCGGGGGAAAGCCUCAUUUAAACUGAUAUUUCUUCCCACCGAAGAGGGAAAUGUAGAAAACACGUUAUUUAUAAACACUUCAUCCCAUGGUGUUCUGUCAUACCAGGUUUUUGGAGUUGGGGUUCACCAUGGACCCUACAAGGACCUACAGUUAAAACACAGUCAACUAAUAUUUCCACAUAUACAGAGCAUUAAACUGACACAAACUCAGGAUGAAGCCUCAAACAUGACGAUUCUGGGGCUGCAGCUGGAAUGUAGUUUACCGAAAACCAUCUUUGGGCAUGCUCAGGGCUCCUGCCUGCUGACAGAUGAGAAGCUGGUGGUGAAGAUCAGCCUGUCAGAGAGAGGAGAGAAGCACACCGGCCUGGAGAGAUUCAAGCCUUAUGUAAUCGAGAAUAUUGUGGUGCUGUUCGAGAUAACAUCAGGAAGGGGCGGGUUACGGGAGCCCAAGAUUAAUAUAUACAUGUUGAAUUCAGGAGGGAAAAAGUUAUAUGUGAAGGACAUUCAGCUUCUUUCGAAAAUUGAAGGGAAUGUGGAAUUUGGCCAGGCCCUGUUGAGCUCCUCGGCGUCAAACUUCACACAGGUGGCAUCGCUGGUCUGUAGGGGAUCGUUACCUGAUCGCAAGGAGGAGUGCUCCAGUCACAUUAGCAUGCGUGUAUUGGCUGGCUCCACCAUGAAGACCUUCCCUGGCUUCACCUUAAUGCACAGGCGGGCUCUUUCCAAUCCGCCUAUGUUUCACCUGAAACAAAGGCAGAAUGCAGGACACCACGCUGAUGUGUGGAUAGCCAGCGGCUUUGACUUUGCUUUCUCUGUGAAUCACAUUGCAGUCCCUCCAGACAUGGACAGCCUGUUAAAGGUUGUGAAUUUCACCGGCCCAGUGACUGUACCCUCGGGUUGCUGGAAGCUGUUCUCUCUGCAGUUCACUAGCAGGAAGGCGCCUGCGAACAUGAUCACCACUGUGUUCCUGCUGACGGGCUUGGGUGUGUCCCUGGGGAUCCCUCUGCACAUUCACUCCUCUGUCUCAAAGGGAGACCUUCCCUUUGAGGCCGGUGGGGAUUGCGGAAGCCCCUGUCAGCUCAGACUGUCUGACACAGGCCGUGUCCGGUGGCAGGAGUCCCUCCUUUUGGAUGGCAAGGACCUGGCCUCCUGGAGGCUGGACAGCUCUCUGGCUACUGAGCUCUACUCACGCUGGAGGAGAAGCAGGGACCAGCUCCGCUGCACUUGGCCGCGACUCCUGGCAGAUCCCAGCUCCGCUCUGGACUUUGGAGCGACUCCUGUCAACGAGAGUAAGUUAAAGUACUUCACUCUGAAGAACCCCUCUGCCACGCCCGUUACCGUGGAGCUGCUGCCACUCUCCGCUUACUCCGCCCCCCUGGAGGCUCUGGACCUGCUGACCAAAUGGUUUAAGAUGAGCCCACUCUCCGUCAAUGUCUCCACAGCAGAGUUCACUCUUGAGAGCAUUAAGGAGGGCAGGAAGGGGGCCCAGAUGAAGGGACCUGGAUCCAUGAGCUUGCAUCUCAGGCCGUGGGAAAGCAAGGAAAUCAGAGUGCUGUUCGCUCCAGCUGAACACAAGCCGGUCACAUCCCUUAUACUUAUCAGGAACAACCUGACCGUGUUUGACAUGGUCACGGUGAAGGGCCAGGGUGCCAGGGAGAUGCUGCGUUUGGGUGGAAAGCUACCCGGCAGUGGAGCCUCUCUCCGCUUUAGCGUGCCCCAGUCUACGCUCAUGGAGUGCAGAGAUGGGCUGAAACCAGCAAAGCCCCUAUUUGCCAUCACAAAGAGCUUUAAAGUGGAGAAUGCAGGAGAGCUGCCUCUGACAAUCCUAUCCACAAACAUCAACGGCUACAAGUGCCAGGGCUUCGGGUUCGAGGUGCUGGAGUGUCGAUCGUUCCAGCUGGACUACAACUCCUCUUCAGAAAUCAACAUUGCCUUCACCCCAGACUUCACGUCCUCCUGGGUGAUCCGGGACCUGACUAUGGUGACGGGGCGCGGCUCCGUCUUCUCCUUCACCCUGAACGUGACCCUGCCCCACCACAUGCUGCCCCUCUGUGCCCAGGUGGUGCCGGGCCCCGGCUGGGAGGACACCUUCUGGCUCUUCACCCUCGUCUUCACCUGCGUCUCCCUGAGUGGCGUCUGUUUGAUGGCCUUCCGUCACGCCCAGUACAUUCUGGCCGACUUCAGCACGCCGAGCCCCAGAGCCAAUUACAACCCACCUCUGCAUCGGGACAACAGUGCUGUGGACACCAUCAGCCCAAACACAGUGAGUAAAACGAAGGGCAGCUGCAAAGCCUUCGCUGACGCGGGCAACACUUCGGACAAAGGGAAGGGAAAGGGGUCUCCGAGCCUCGCCGGCGCUCCGGGCCGAACUCCGUCUUCGUCGAAGAAGGGCUCCUCCGCCCCCACCCAGCCGCAGAAGAAGCACAAGGUGUCGGUUUACUACGGUAAAUACAAGGUGAACCCCGCCGUCGCCGCGGCGACCGAGGUGGAGGAGGAGAGGGAAGACCCCCCCUCCUGCGACAGCAGCGACUGUAGCCCCGUGGAGGCCGAGCCCCCCGCCCAGCCCGACGAGGCCGCGCGCUACGAGGAAGCCCCCCCCACCGCCGGAGACCAGCGGGAGACGCCGACCGUUAUGUUUCCCGUGGAAACGCAACCGACGCUCCCGGAAGAGGGGAAGGCGGUCCUGGACGUACGCCCGGAAGCACGCGGUCCGGCCGAGGGGACGGGCGGGGAAAACGCUCCCGCUCCGUGGCUCCGCGGCCCCCUCUCCCGCCUCCCCAACAGGAAGCUUCCGGAAAAGAGGGAAGGGCCGGUGUCAGAGGUGAGGGAGGACUGUGAAGCCCAGCGGAGGCUCCUGGACAGAAUGGAGCAGGGCGACUCCGCCUCUAACAACAAGGGAAAGAAGAACGGCAGCAAAAACCGCAGGAAGCCUGAGGAGGGCGUGGCCGGUGUCUCUGAGCACAGCAUGGUGAUGCUGUCGGAGAAGGCCAGGGCGCUGGAGUGGAGAGAGAGCAGGAAUCCCAACAGAUCCCGCAACCGCUGCUCCAACAGGAAAGCAGAUGGGCCCAAAUUAGGAGCCAGCCAUGACUGCUCUCUCACACCGCUUCAGAACGGCGCGUGUCCGGCCCGGACGCGGAGGAGGGGCACUGAGCGCAGGCUGCAGUGGGAGUCAGGCUCCGAUUCGGGCAGCUCCUCGGGCAGCGUGCGGGCCGCGCGGGGCAGCCAGGGCAGCCAGGGCAGCUGGGGCAGCUGGAGCAGCACCAGCAGUCUGGAGGGAGAGAAGGACCACGGCGGCAGGGCUCCCUGCGCUACCUCAGCCCCGGCCAUGAAAAGGGACAGUAUUCAGCAAAUCGCGUACCCCACUGAAAGAGACCUGCCACCGACCUGCACCAACAGGACUCAGAGCAUGCAAAACCUGUACCAGAAGGACCCCUACCAGGCCCCGGACCCCAGCCCACAACACGGCUCCGCACCGAGCUUUGGCACCAUCACCGCGGGCACAGAGAGAGCUAUGGCUGUGCCGUAUGUAACGGAAGAGACGUGGGCCGCCCCCUCCGUGCCACUCAAUGCUGACCUCAGGCACAACCCAGCCCAGCCACAGCUACCGCUCCUACCUCCGGGAUCCCCCUCUGGUUUCUACCACAGUUUCCCCUGGAACAGUGUCAAGAGCAAGUGUACCAGUGCCUACCCUUACUGUGAGCAGAGCAACUACAUGUUGGAAGGAAAUUCGGAUUUCCAGAAUGGUUUCUUGUGCCAAGACAACCCAAAUGUGUCCUACAGCUCAAAAUCCUGCUGGAGUGAGGAGCGUGCCCAAGAAAUGCCCUCUGUGUGGGACACCACUGGUGCCAUGGGCACCAAGCCAUUCUUCGGCACCAGGAGCCUGUCUCCCAUGUCUGGCCUGUUCGGUUCCAUCUGGACCCCGCAGACCGAGCCGUACCACCGCCACCUCCAGCCGGAGCACGCCGUACCCCCCUCCCCACAGGCCCCCUUCAGCAGGCAGCCGGGGGCCGCCCACAGGCCGAAGCAGUACUCCAGUUUCAACCCCUUCGGGCCCCACAUGAACUUGGACAUUUGGAACUCCUCGUCGAAUCGCAGUUCAAACUCUCAGCUGUCAAGCGAUUCCGGGUACUGUGGUCAUGUGUGAACACAGAAUGUGCUUUUAUCAAUAAAAGGAAAUAAAUGUGAAUGUUUUAUUUUUUAUUCUUCUCUACCCCCUCCCCCCAAAGUUCAAUGUUGUGCAAAGUUGAGCAUUAUUGUAUAUUUUUAUAGAUGUUUUACAGAUUUAACUAUAGGGGAAAAAAAUAAAUGGUUUUGUACUUGA